UUGUCAUGUAUGCAAGUAUGUAAGACAGUAAUAAACCAGUUCUGAAGCAAGCCGGUCGUAUCAUUCGCUCCCAAACACUACAUUGGCUGACGAGUUGGGAUUUGUGAAGUUACCCGCGAGUUAAAAAAAAAAAAAAUAUGUCGUUUCUAGGCAAAUUAUCGGUUUUCGACCACAAAACGGGCGAUUGGUUGAUUUUUAAGGGGAAGUUAACAAAAUUCCUGCUUUUGAAUUCCAUCGAGGAUGACAAUAAAAGUGCAGUGCUGUUAACAUACUUUUCGGAUGAGUCGUACCGGCUGUUACGUAAUCUCGUAUAUCCAGAUGACAUUGAAAAGAAAACGUACAAAGAAUUGGUUGACGUACUCGAUAAGCAUUUUAAACCUAAGCAGUGCUCGUUCGUCGAGAAGGCAAAAUUCUACGGUGCUACAAGAAGUCCUGGUGAAACCCUAGGUGACUGGGCGGCGCGAUUAAGGGGUCUCGCAUGCUACUGCGAAUUCGGUUCCGCCUUAGAGAUGGUUCUGCUGGACCGUUUCGUCCUCGGGUUGGGCAUGGGCCACGAAAGGGACAAGUUAUUUGAGCAAGAUUGUAAAAGUUUGACCUUCGCAAAGGCACUGGAAAUUGCGGAGAAGGCUGAGUGCGCACGCGAGGCAAAAAAGGUGGAUACAUCUGGCGCUGAUGUGACAGUGAAGCAGGAGCCGGUGUUUCGGGUAGGCAGCGACGGGAGGUCGAGCGACGGGCCCGACCGCCGCGCGCCCGGCCGCGCAACCUCGGGCUCCAGUUCGAAAUAUCAGCGCGAUAGCGAUGUUCCUCGUUGUUUCGUAUGUGGAAUGAAAAAUCAUAAUAGUGAUAAGUGUCGCUAUAAAAGUUUGCGUUGCCAGAAGUGUGGUGAAAAAGGGCAUUUAAAGAAAGUGUGUAAAGUUCGGGUUAAUUGUGUGGAAACUCAAGGACAAGAUUCGGAUACUACAUGUCAAGACUGUAAGGAAUGUGAACUCUUUAAUCUAAGGUAUGAAAAUUAUGCUCCUAUUAUUUUGCGUGUAAACAUAAAUAAUAAAGAAGUUAGUAUGGAACUCGAUUCCGGUUCUGGGCUUUCUGUAAUUUCAAAAAAAAUGUAUAUGGCUCAAUUUUCAAAACAACCUCUAAUUAAGACAUAUAUAAAAUUAUGUGUGUAUAAUGGACACAAAAUCACGCCCUUGGGUUAUUUUACAGUUGAUAUUAGCUAUAAAGGUAUUAUAAAUCAGAUUAACAUUUACGUUGUUGAGAACGGAGGGCCACCGCUUUUAGGUCGUGAUUUUAUGUUCAAAUUUGGAUUUGAAUUGCGUCCAAUACAGACAAAUAAGCUGUCGGUGCAUAAUGAUGAAACCGAUAUGAAAAAUUUGAUUAAUGAGUAUGCCGAAUUAUGGGAGGAUGGUUUAGGCACAUUCAAUAAAUUUAAAAUAAAGUUAAGUCUUAAGGAAAAUACCGAACCUAAGUUUUUUAAAGCCCGAACUGUACCUUUUGCUAUAAAAAGUAAAGUAGAAGAAGAAAUUGAACGGUUAGUCAAGUUAGGUAUUUUGGUACCGGUAAAUGUUUCAAACUACGCUACGCCUAUAGUUCCCGUUUUAAAAUCAAACGGUAAAGUGCGUAUAGCAGGAGAUUAUUCGGUAACCUUGAAUAAGGACAUGCAUGUGGAUAGGUAUCCAAUGCCGCGAAUUGAGGAAGUUUUCGCGAAAAUAGGAGGAGGCCAAUCUUAUACUAAGAUUGAUCUUAGUGACGCAUACAACCAGUUUCCUAUCGAGGAUAAAUCUCAGGAGCUUACUACCAUAAAUACGUCAAGGGGGCUAUUUAAGUACACCCGCCUCGUCUAUGGUUUGGCCAAUGCGCCGGCCAUUUUCCAAAGGACGAUGGAGACGUUGUUAGCCGGUAUCGAAGGCGUGUCCUGUUGGAUUGACGAUGUUUGCGUCACAGGUAGUACUAGGGAACAACACAUGUCUAGAUUGCGUGAGGUACUUCAUAGACUACGGGACGCUGGCCUACGGCUAAAAAAAGACAAAUGCGAAUUUUUCCGCCCAAGUGUUACAUACCUAGGUUACGUCAUCGACAGGCAUGGCAUUAGAACGUGUCCUAAAAAGACAGAAGCAAUUUUAGGGGCACCUACCCCUAAAAAUGUAAUGGAUGUACAAAGGUUCCUGGGAGCUAUAAAUUACUAUCGUAAUUUUAUUCCUAGCGCCGCAUCCACACUGAGUCCGUUGCACGAGUUGCUUCGUAAAGACGUUCCCUGGGUAUGGAAUGAUAGGCACGAAAAUUCCUUUAAAACGAUAAAGCGAGAACUAGCUUCUGAUAGGGUACUGACUCAUUUUGAUCCCGCUGCACGUCUGGUACUCACAGUUGACGCGGGCCCCGGGGGCCUCGGCGCUUGGCUAGCGCAAGGCGACGAGGGUCAAGAGAGACCGCUCGCAUUUGCCUCAAGGUCUUUAUCUGCGAGUGAAAAAAACUAUAGCCAGAUCAAUAAAGAGGCCGCGGCAAUAGUGUUCGGUGUUAGGCAUUUCCACCAAUACCUAUAUGGUCGUGACAUACCUUUUGUUCUUAGGACUGACCAUCAACCCUUGUUAGCCAUAUUUGGAAAAAAAAAUGGGAUUCCCAUUAUGGCGGCUUCGCGGUUACAGCGAUAUGCAAUUUUCCUGUCCGCAUACAAUUAUAAAAUCCAAUAUAUAACAAGUGAAAAGAAUGCCAUAGCGGACUACUUUUCAAGGUCACCCAUUGACACAGAUAGCGAACAGGACAUUUGCACGGGCGGAUCAUAUCUUAAUUUCAUUACAGACAGUACACUGCCCGUUCUGUUCGAUGAUAUUAAGGAGGCUACAUUGAAAGAUAAGGUACUGCGGACGGUAUCUAAAUACAUUCGUUUCGGAUGGCCACGUAAGAUAAAGUGUAAAAAUAUUUUACCAUAUUAUAAUUGUAAAAAUGAUUUGGACGUGGAGGACGGCUGUGUUUUACGCGGACAUAGGAUUGUUAUCCCACAAAUAUAUCGGGAACAAUUGAUUAGGGAGUUACAUAAGGGUCAUUUCGGCGUAGUAAAAACUAAAAAUUUAGCACGGAGUAAGUUUUGGUUCCCGGGUAUCGAUUCGGAAAUCGAACGCAUGGUUCUCUCAUGUAGUACGUGCAGCGCACUACGCGCCGCGCCCGCGCGCGCAGAGUUCCGCCCCUGGCCGCGUGCGUCUGGUCCGUGGGAGCGCAUACACAUCGAUUACGCUCAAUAUGAUCAGAAAGUAUUUCUUAUUGUAGUAGAUAGCUAUAGUAAGUGGGUAGAAUGCAUAUAUAUGAAUGAUUUAUCCACCAAGACACUAGUUAGUAAAUUAGCCAUGUUAUUCUACGUGUUUGGGUAUCCGUUAUUAAUUGUAUCGGAUAACGAUCCAAAGAUUAGUAACGAGGAAUUUAAAAAGUUCUGUCGGUCUAAUGGCAUAAAACAUCUAACUUCUCCUAUCUAUCAUGCUUGCAGCAACGGCCAAGCCGAGAUAUAUGUAAAAUUGUGUAAGAAGAUGUUAAAAUGCAUAUUACAAAAAAAUUCAAAUUCGUCGAUCGUGGAAAUAAACCAGUUCUGA